AUUUUUGAAUUUUAUGCACUGGUCACUCUAUUGCCGCAACUAGUAAAUUGUUCAGUAUUUAGUCAAAAAAUUUAAAAACAUUAAAAACACAACCUAAAUGUUGGAACACUAUGGUAUUUAGGCACCAACAUGAUGCUACAGCUGCUCCUAUUCUGCCUGGCGCUCUUCAUCUUCGUUUAUUGGGUCUUGCCCACGGGCAUUAGUUGGUAUUUGGUCAAGAGAUUUCGGGUCAAAGUACGGAUUGGCCGUAUUUCGCUGCCCUAUUUGUCCCUGAAGAAUGUGCACAUCAGCAAGAGUGGAUUCUCGGUGCAAAUCGAGGAGGUGUGCCUGCGUAGCAGUUUCUUCACCACCGAGGUGACCAAACUGCUCUCCAUUUACAUCCGCGACAUUCGCAUCAACAAAGACAUUCACAGUCGACAGGAUGACUCCCAGGACACCUACGAACUUCGGCGGACUCAGACGUCGGAGGGCAAACCCUCGGAGGCGAAGGGUGUGCCAGAUUUCCGGCAAACGAAGGUGCCGGCGAGCAUUAUCACAUUUGCCCAGUUCAUGUCAGUUCACGUGAACAACAUUUCAGUGGUCUUGAUGAACAAUGACUUUGAUCCGGGAUGGUUCAUCCAUGCCACAGCGAAGGAGCUUCAUUUAGACGGGAGUAUAGUGCAGAAUGCUCGUGUGCUGUUGGUUAAUGCAGCCCUAAGCGAAGCCCAAGCCAAGAUGUUGAGGCACUGCAGCUCUCGCCGUCAAUCGCUGGAGAAUCUGAACAAGAUUCGGCCUUGCUUGGGCGAGGUCAGCUUCGACAUGACUCUGGAUGCAUCGCUCUUUGCCCAAGGCCCUCUGUCCAUGGAUACCCUUAGCCUGGUCAUCAACAAUGCCAAAUCCGUCAUCCACGGCGGACUGUACGAGUUCCUUAGUGAGGCCAAGCGAAGGACAUCGACCGGUCAGCAGUCGCGACGCUCCCCACAAGCCCUAGCGCCCUCGAAGAGGUCCUACGACAAUGACAACUACGAGAAACUGGCGCCCAUUAUACCAAAGAACUUUAACUUUAGCAUUAGAGCGGCAACAUUUUCGGCCGUCAAAGAAAACUCACAAAACGAUUUUAGUGCCAAACUGCAGUCGUUUCAAAUCUCGGGAAAGUUUAACUCGAAAGUAACCGAUGAAAAGACGUUGUUACCGUCAAUGCUGGCCAAAUUGGGGUUCCAUCAUUUAGACAUUGAUACCAAAUAUGAAAAGCUUCUCUUUGUUGAACAAUUUACCAUAGACUCUGUGUUGGAAAAAGACAUAUUCAACUUGUAUGUAAAACUUAAGACAUUCCAAAUCAUAUAUAACCAUAGUGAGAUUUAUGACUUUGUCAACAACAACUUCCUGGCCCGCCAGCGAUCGAGGGGAGCGCAGCCCAUGCAGUUGAUACAUAAGCAGAAAUCACUGCCGGAUCACUUGGACCUGGACACGGCUGUGCAGAGUAAUCUCCGGGCGAGUCAGCGCCGCGAGGGAGGCGUUCUCGAGUGGAUUAUGCAGCGAAUUGUUGUUAAAGGCUGCGCGGAACUGUUUAAUGUGUCACUUCUUAUGAAACUGGAAGAUGAGCAUAUUGCUAUGAGUGUGAGUCACACGAGAUUCCUCUUGGAGCAGAUCGAGGAAAAACGAAGUAAUCUCUAUGAAAACAAGUUCCUGAAUUUAUUGUUGAAUCAGCGACAAUGGAGUAUGGAACUCAUGGUGGAAACUCUGUGGUCAAAUCUAGGAAAUUCCAUCAACGAUACCAACAACUUGAAAAAGACUCAUUCGCCUGGGUCGCCGUUUUUCCUCGGAGUGAGCUUGGUGAAGCUCUGUUCCUAUGCAAACACAACUAAAUUGGACAUAUCAGUGCACACUUUCCGCACGGAAUACAGCAUGCAGCUGGCGGAAUUUGUGGUCAAGUCAAUGGAGUGCCUUCGGCAGUACGGGGGAAUAAAACCAAUGACUAUGUCGGGACAAUCUCAGGCUAGACCAAAUGCAGGCCUUACAUUGUCCGUGCAGCCAUCACAAUCAUCUACCUCACUGCGGGUGUCUGUUAAGGUCAAGGAUAUUACGGCCUACUUUGUCAAUCAUCAUAAUGUUUAUACGCUGCUCAGUUUCUCAGAGCUAAAUUUAUCACGGUCCCAAAGCCUAACCACCCUAAAGCUUGAAGAGUUUCAGAUGGCAAUAAUGCGCUCAAUGACGGCUUCCUCGCUUUGCCUCACCGACUUUUCGGACGUUUUUGCCACUUGCAAAAUGAUACGACUGGAACAUGAACAAGUUGAGGGGACACUGGGAAAGUUAUCCAUUUACAUACCCGGCAACAUGGAGGCCACGUGGAACGCUAACUUGCAUAUGCACCUGUUGACAUUAGUGCGGGAUAUGCAAGACCUGAAGACAGAGCUGGCUAUUCCGGCGUCGUCUGUUAAGAAAACCACUCCUAAGGGAGGACUUGUAGUGGAGUUGUCUGCAGAACGUAGCACCAUCUUCGAAAUAAAGUUUUCUGAUCGUCACUCAAUUCAGAUCUUUGUGGAAAGCCUCUUCUUCAGCCAAAAGGAACGAUGCAUCAUUUAUGCGGAGAAUGUGUUUGUCAAGAUCGAUGAUCAGCACAUAUUUACUGUGAAAGAGCUCGAUCUACAAUCAGUUCCACGUCUCGAGGUACUCACCCAAGAAAGACUAAACUUUCCUGGUUUUCAACUGCCCUCCAACAAGGUGUGGGUCACCACAAUUGGAUCCUUUAAGGCCAUUUUCCCGUAUGACCACGACUUUUAUAACGCAGUCAAUGGAGAGUGCACAUCCCACUUUAAAUGGCUAAAAAUGGUUCACAACUACAAAAAGAAACCUUUUACAGUGGACUCACCGCUACCCUGUGAUUUGGUUAUUAAGAUCAAGGAGUUCUUGCUGGAAAUUAGCGACGAUCCCUUUGAGGUUAAACUUCGUGAUAACUAUGUUCUACUAGUGGAUGAAUACUUGGAGAGCUUGAAGCGCAAAGCGCUUUUUGAUAAAAAGAUUGGCGAGCUCUGCUCAGAACGUCUUUUGUUGCCAUCUGGAACGAUCGAGGGCCUCUAUGCGAACCUGGUGAAAAAGAACUCAGAGAUCUACAUUCAGCGAUCAAAGAAGAUACGAGAAAGUGGCCCAGUUCGUACCCGACUGCUGGCCUGGAUCAUGACGGACGUGAAUAUAAUGGCAAUGGCGGACACCUCCAUCCAUGGCUACGAUAAUGUGACGCGUAUUAUGCGCGAGAUCGAUCACGAGAGUCCCUGGCCGGAAGAGGGUUUGGAAUUCUCUACACUUUGGUGCCGCGGGGUCAACAUCAGCUGUACUGAAUGGAAGUUUAUGCUGAGGGAUUUCCCACAACCAAUGUUCUGCGUAAAAAGCAUGCGACUGUAUGGAAACCUUUGUGGAGCCGAGCAAAUGGGCUCCAAGCGAGCCAAGCGCGAUGUGUUCAUUGACGUGGGCGAACCUUUUGGCACUGAUGUGAUUCAGCGCAGCAUGCCCUCCCUAAAAUUCUACCAUGACUUUGAUUGCGAACUGGAGAGCUGUAGCUACGCCUUUGGGGCGUGCUGGGAACCAGUAAUGGCCCAGUGCAAUCUAAGUUUUGAGAAGAUAUCGGCUCCCUCUAAGGAUCCCUCGCCCCCUUUGCCAUUUUGGGAUAAGCUGCGAUUGCUUUUACAUGGUCGGUUGACUCUGAUAGCCAAGCAAUUUACAAUACUCCUCCACGCCUCGCUCGAUCCGUAUAACACGACAGAGGAAAUGGAGUUGACCUGGAACAAUUGCGGGAUCGUGCUGACGAAUGCCAAGAUUAUGUUUAAAGGGGAACUUAAUGUCACUGUACGAACCGCGUCCCGCUACGACGAUUGUCGUUUACUUCAUUUUCCCAAUCUUAAGUUGACGAUUAAGCUGAAAUGGGUAUGCCUGGCUAAUCCCAACGACCACCAUGCUGUGAUGCCCUGUGCCCCAGACAAACUGCCAGAGUACUCCAGUAAUCAAGUUCACGACUCCUUCCGCGCCUUCCGCUCACUUAAUCUCAACAUUUGGAUAUCGUUCGAGACUAAGCCAAAGGCGGGCGAAGAUUUGGAAGUCGACAUACCCAGCCUGGUGCUGUACGGCAGCACUUUGCGAUGGUUUGAGAGUCUGCAACUCAUUUUAUCUGGUGUAACAAGGCCCACGCGACGGGGUCCGGUCUUUAACAAUGUCAGACCGCGAAAGAAACCCCUUAGUCGACACUACAAGAAAGCGAACUUGCAGAUGUGCUUACAUAAGUUUCAAGUGCUUUACUGGAUGUCCCACGCCCUCCAAAAGGGUUUCCAGUUGAAUGGCCGGCGAGUGUCUUUCAGUUCUGAACACUCGCUAACCCUGAAUCCUAUUGACGAUGGGCUCAUCCAUCGGCCACGAGCGGAUUGGUCAACGAUCUACAUGAACUGCGAGCUCAACGACGCAGAGAUCUGGCUUAAGAGCAUUCUCACCGAAAAGAUGGACAGCAGCUCUGAGAACUUGGCCAGUGCAGCAGAUGCCUUCAAAAUCGUGAGAUUCUACUUCCUCAGCGUGGCCAAGGUUUCCUAUGGACGCGAGGCACUGAUACCCACGACGGCCACAAGCACGGAAGAGGAUGUUAAAGCGCAGUCCACAACACCCACGCAUAAAUUGGUAGUCUAUGACCUAAAGGGUGCCUGGACAAAGAGCAAUCGAGAUGUGGCUUUUGCUCUUUUUGAUUCCUUCAUGAAGUCACAGAAACUAAAAAACAAUUUGUCCACGGAGGCGGUAAAGAGCUAUCGCAAGGAGGGCCCAAACUCUGCUGUUUUGAAACAUAAGCGAAGUGACAGCACCAUUACCUUGUCUAGCACCAACAGCGAGGUUUUGCCAAUUUCCAACCCAAAUGCAUCGCUGAAAAAGGCCCCCGCUCAGAUUCAUGCUACAGCCAUGUUGCAGCAGCUCAUCGCAGAGGCGGACCACAAAUUCAAUGUGUAUAGUGAUGAUCAUAGCACCCAAUCUAGGGAACUGCAGCUCCAGGGCUUGCAGGCAUGUUCCGCUCAGGAUAUAAUCCACGAGAACUGGUCCAUCAGUCUGGUGAACUCGCAAGUACUGCUAAAAGGCUGUGAGACGUCUGGCUAUGUAAUUAUCAGUGCUGCCAAAGCUGAAAUUUUGCAGCGGGAACAUCGUCCAGUUUGGCGCGAGCGCUCGCUAAUUUCAAAAACCACAUGGAAGGGAUUGUUGGAGUGCAUGCAGUACUAUGCAACAGUUAGUGCGGGUGAUAAUAAUUCCCUGUUGGAGAAGGAGAUCAUGUGGCUGACGGUGGACAACAUUCAGGACAAGGACGAGACUGUGAUCAACAACUUGCCGGACAUAUCACAUUUGGUUGGCAGUGGGCGCAGUGUGGGCGGCGUAGUUUCAGAGACUGUUGGAGCUUUUUUGAGCGACAAUUCAGGAGGUGCACAACCCGUCCAGUUGCAGCGGAUUGUGUCCAAGUGUAAGUGCGAGUUCUUCUACGUGAGCUACGGCGAUGCCAUCGAUCCAAAUAGCAUUACGGAGGUACCGCCACCUCCUUCAGAGGAAUUGCAAUCGCCAUGGGAAAAACAAGACGAUCCCGUAGAUGCUUUCACACUCAUGCAUCACGACCUGGAUGUAUGCACCAACUCGCUGCAGUACGCCAUGAUCCUGGAUAUUGUCAACAAUCUAUUGCUUUACGUCGAACCCCAGCGAAAGCAGGCGGCAGAAAAGCUGACAAGGAUGCGCUUUCAGCUUCAGUUGCACUCGACGGAGGAUCAAAAGCGACCCAUCCAGCAGAAGCAAACGGUAAUCCGUAGUCUACUGAUGAAGAUUCGUUCGCUGGAAAAAGAUACACACAUGAUCAGCAAAGAGCGGAUUGAAGAUGGCGACUCACUGGAGCUGCGUCAAGAGUACGACCAUGUCCAGCAGAUGAUCCGGGAGAGCAAGGAGGAGCUGAACACGUUUAGCGAGGACCUGGACAUGAUGUUGCUCUGCUACAAGGAAACUCAGUUGUCACAGCUUAGCAAGAUAUCGAACGUGCGCUCCGACGAGUCGGUGACGAUGGUGCGUACCAAUGAGAUCUGUUUCAAGCGUGCCCAGUGGCGGCUUACCGAAACGGAUGGACAGAUUGGCAUAGCUGAUCUUGUCCUUAGUGCUUUUUUAUACACCAAGAAGUCCAAGAGUGACGAUUCGGUGGAGCAUCUGCUGGAGCUGGGCAACAUACGCAUGGAAAAUCUUUUGCCACGAGAAAUUUAUCGCGAUGUUUUGCUGGCCACUGAAAUCCAGAAGGACAUGCCCGUUGACACCCACAAGCGGGUGCUGCGUAUUUUCUGCCGUGAAAAAGCUCCAGUGGGCGGCAUAUCCGUGAAGGAGCAUUUCGAGAUUAAUGUGGCUCCUAUUACAAUUGCCAUUACGAAAAAGUUCUACAGCACCAUGCUGAAGUUCUGUUUCCCGGACCGCGAUGCCUCCGAAACGGAGGUUAGUGACGAGCUGGAUGACAACGCUUCGACUAGUUCGGCGUCCACAACGAAUUUACAGGCCAAGUCAUCGUCAUCUUCGUCGACCAAACGUUCGGGCAAGGGAAAGAAAGGGGCCAAGGACUCCGAGUUCUAUGUAAAGAUCGAAAAAGAUGACGUGGAGAAGAUGAAGGAGCGCGCCGAGAAAAACAAGCUGUUUAUCUACAUCAAGAUACCCGAAGUGCCUGUGCGCGUCAGCUACAAGGGUAACAAGGAGAAGAAUCUAGAAGACAUCACAGACUACUCACUAGUCAUACCUACGCUGGAGUAUCACAAUGUGACAUGGACCUGGCUGGACCUGCUCCUGGCCAUGAAGUCGGUGAGCCGGCGGGUGAUAUUCUCGCAGGCCAUCAAACAGAAGCUACAUAUCCACCAGCGGCAGCCGAUUCUGUCCGCAGGGGAACGUGCAACCCCGCAAGAAGCGGAGGAUAAGGCUGUGAUGUUGUUCGGAAAUCGCUUAUUGAAUGAAAAUCGUAACCAGAAAAAAGGCGUGUUCAAGUUUGCCUCGAGCGGAAAGAGAUCCGGAAAUGAUUGAAAUGUUUGUGCUCUCUCAACGAUAUUUGUAUGCUUUAUUGAUUUAUUACUGUACGUUCAAAGGAUGUACGAAAAUAUGUGCAGUUUGCGGUACUGGCCAAGACUUAGUACUGCUUAUCUAAAACGCUGUAAUCAACUAACAAUAAUGUCGAGUGCGUCUUGGCCCGUUUAACAAUACAUUAUACAAUACAAUCACACACACUCUCAAGUAUUACGCUAUGCAACUCUCUAAAUAUAGCUAUUUAUGUAUGUAUUUUUGUUGUUAGCAAUAAAGAGGGAGUAGGCGUAGUUAAUUUUUACACACCAGUGAUAUUUGUAAACUUUAAAACACUUAAACUAAAGCGGCAUUAUAUCAGUA